AUGGCCGGACAACAAGCUAGGUCCAACGCCUCUACCCGGGUGGUUGCUACCCAAGCAGGGUCAGCUGCACGGCGGGCUCCGGGGAAGAGGGCCAAGGAGGAACCAGCGCGAAGAGGUCAGGGAGGUAAUAGGAGCGGCGGAGGAAGAGGAUGGAGAGAGGACGCCUGGGGAGGCGACGUGAUCACUGGUCGCAGGGAACCCCCUCUUUGUUUCAGCUUAAAGGGCGAAUUUGUCGGCAUGGUGAUCGGUCGUGGUGGGUCAAAAAUACAAGAGAUACAAAGUUCAACAAACACCAAAAUAAAAAUUAUUCAGGAAGAAACAGAUACUGAAGCGGAGGUAAAAAUAUUUGGAAACAAAGCAAUGCAGACCAAAGCAAAAGCGGUAAUAGAUAACUUGGUUAAGAAACAAGAAAAUUACAAUCGAAGUCACAGCAAUGUCAACGUCGAUAUUGUGGCCUUCCAACCCUCUGAAAAAGAGGUAAACACAGAUGCCAACGGUGUUAAAGCUCGACCGUUAAUAGACUGGGAUCAAAUUCGAGAGGAGGCUGUGAGAUGGGAGAAAAAAAAGUGGGAAGAUUUACUUCCAAUUAAGAAAAACUUUUAUGUAGAAUCUGAGAAUACGAAAUCAAUGACGGAGGAGCAAAUAGACAAAUGGAGGAAAGAAAAUUUUAAUGUAAUGUGUGAUGACCUGAAAGAAGGUGAAAAGCGUCCUAUACCAAAUCCUACCUGCUCAUUUGAAGACGCUUUUGAAGCUUAUCCUGAAGUGAUGAAAAAUAUCACAAACGCGGGAUUUGUAAAGCCAACACCAAUUCAGGCGCAGGUGUGGCCCAUCGUCCUACAAGGAAUUGAUGUCAUCGGAGUGGCCCAGACAGGAACUGGGAAGACCUUGUCAUAUUUAAUGCCUGGAUUUAUUCACCUAGAUUGCCAGCCAGUUGAAAAGAGACCAAGACCUGGGGUGUUAGUUCUUACACCCACUCGCGAAUUAGCACUUCAGGUUCAAGCAGAGUGCUCGAAGUACUCAUACAAAAAUCUUAAAAGUGUGUGUGUUUAUGGUGGCGGCGAUAGAGAUGCGCAGAUAGAAGAUAUUUCAAAGGGUGUAGAUAUCAUUAUUGCAACACCCGGAAGACUGAAUGAUCUGCAAAUGAAUAACUUCAUCAACUUGAAGAGUGUAACUUACUUGGUGUUGGAUGAAGCAGAUAAGAUGUUAGACAUGGGGUUUGAACCCCAGAUAAUGAAGAUUUUGUUAGAUGUACGCCCCGAUAGGCAAACAAUUAUGACGAGUGCCACCUGGCCAUAUGGUGUUCGUCGACUUGCACAAUCAUACUUAAAAGAACCAAUGAUUGUAUAUGUUGGAACGUUGGAUCUGGUCGCUGUAAGUACAGUAAAGCAAAAUAUAAUCAUCACUACAGAAGAAGAGAAACGAAUGCAUAUACAGAAAUUCCUAGAAAAUAUGUCACCUAAAGACAAAGUGAUAGUUUUUGUCAGCAGAAAAUCUGUGGCUGAUCAUUUGUCGAGUGACCUGGUUCUUCGGGACAUUUCAGUAGAAUCUCUACAUGGCAAUAGAGAACAAAGUGAUCGGGAGAAAGCAUUGAAAAACUUCAAAACAGGCAAAGUGAGAAUAUUAAUUGCUACAGACUUAGCGUCUCGUGGAUUGGAUGUUCAUGACAUAACACACGUCUAUAAUUAUGAUUUCCCACGAAAUAUUGAAGAAUAUGUCCACAGAGUAGGACGCACUGGGAGAGCUGGAAAAUCUGGUGUAUCAAUAACUCUAAUCACUAGAAAUGAUUGGAGAAUUGCUUCAGAAUUGAUAAAUAUUCUGGAAAGAGCAAAUCAGAAUAUACCAGAAGAGCUAGUGUCGAUGGCUGAACGAUACAAAGCAAGCAAAUUAAAGAGAGAGACGGAAAAAAAAAUGGCAAGAAUGCAAGGGAAACCUAAUAAGUUUUAUUAAUGAUGUUUUAUUGAAAAGUGAUAUUAGCCUAACAGGUAAAAUGUUACCUAGUAGGCUUUCUAAAUCUUUGUUUAAUUAUUAGGUGUCUAAAGUCUAAUGUAUGUUCAGAUUUACUAAUUCAGAGUUGAAAAGUUGUAUAGUAAAUUGGUAAGGUGUUGGAGAAACUUUAAUGUGUUAAUGGCAAACACAUACCUUUUGAUAGAGCAGUUCUUUUAGGAUUAUAUUUUAUAAAUAGGUCUGUUUAUAGGAAAUUGAAAGCAUUGUUUACACUAGGUUGUAACAAAUGAAUGUAACAUAAAUAGGCACUAGAUGCCUUAACCAGUAUAUUGGGACUGCUAUGCUAUGAAGAUCAUGUGAUCCAUCUUUAAAGAUAUCUAUUAACAGCAGAAAAACAAAGAUAUUAGGAUGGCAGAUUGUUCUUUCUGGAAAUUCUAGAUGUAACAUUCCCAAAACUGGAUGAUGGAUAAGAAGCAAUGAUUCUGUAUGUUGUAAAACAUUUGCAUAAUAAAAGUAAAUUGGCU